GAGAGAAAUGAGUCAAAUUGUCGCUCGAAUUCGUUAAUUUCGCGUAACAUAGCUCGACAUAUAGAGGCGGAUAACGAUUUGGCAGAAAAUUCAUUGCUUAAAAACAAUCAUAAUAAUAGACAAAUACCACCAGUAUCUAAACAAAAACUUAAAGCAUGUAAAGCAAGUCAAGCAUCAGUAAAUGCACGAAAAGCUGCUCAACAUGAAAAAAUAAUUCAAAAUAUUAAUAAAACAUUAAUUGAAAUAGAUGAUGACAAAUUACAAUUAUUAAUUGAUAGAGUUAAGCAACUGCCUGAUGAUCAAUUGAAAUCUGCAAUUCACUUAUUAGAUACAAUGCGAUACUUCAAAGGACCUAAUGAAGGAAAAGCAGUUGCUCAGGCAAUAUUUGAUACAUUUAACCAUUUUAAAUUAAACUCUCAACAAUGCUUUGCAUGUGUAUCAGAUAAUACCAACUAUAUGAGCGGCAAAGUUGGAG